AUGAAUGACGGUACACUCGUCAUUCGUGGAGAGAAGGUUAAGUCGCGAAAUGUAAUUGUUGUGCACUCAUCUGUCGUCCAUCUUGUCGAUUCUCACGAGAUCCUGUCACCUCGUCUGGCUAUUCUUCGCCUCCGCCCUCUGCGCCAAAGACACAUCAGCAUCAUCAACUGCUACUCACCAACAUUAGCAGCUGAUGAAUCCGAACUGGAUGAGGAGCUGGAGAAACUGAUCCGCAACGAGAACUCCUUCUACAAAUUCGUUGCUGGAGAGGUAAACGCAAAACUAGGAAAAUCCAUAGAUGGGGAAUGCAGGAUCGGAAGAUUUGGACUAAGGGACUGGAACGAAAACGGCAAUCGUCUCGCCAGACUGCUGUCCGCCGCUCGCCUCUUUUAUGGGAAUUCCCUUUUCAUGAAGAAAGAUCAUCGUCGUAGCUCUGAUCACCGUCCUCUUCGUGCUUCUUCGUGCUAUCGGCAACGAAGGAAUAAAGAAGUCGUAUACUACGAUUGCAUUUUCGAGGACUCCUUGUUCCAAGGAGACUGGCACAUCGAGGAGGACCCAAGCGUGGACUACGAGAUGCUGCUCAGAGGAUUACGAGCCUGUGUUGAGCGUGCCUGGGGUCGAAUUUCGAAGACCACCAAGGAAUUGUUGGGAAGAAGAAGGGCUUUCAGGCUUGAUCCGAAUGCGUCGCGCAUUGAGCGGUUAGUAGCAAACACUAGCAGCAGAAAAGCGUUGCAGGAGGAUCUUUCGAAAUACGAGCAGAAGAAGAUCCUGGAAGCAGCACAAAGAAGAACGAGUCUAAGAAAGGAAGUGCCGCAGGGAUCUCCGCGAAUAUAA